AUGCUGAGCUCUAUCAAGUGUGUUCUGGUGGGCGACUCAGCUGUGGGAAAAACCUCCCUGUUGGUGCGCUUCACCUCAGAGACUUUCCCGGAGGCCUAUAAGCCCACCGUGUACGAGAACACUGGCGUGGACGUCUUCAUGGACGGCAUCCAGAUCAGCCUGGGCCUCUGGGAUACAGCGGGCAAUGACGCCUUCCGGAGCAUCCGCCCCCUGUCCUACCAGCAGGCCGAUGUGGUGCUCAUGUGCUACUCCGUGGCCAACCACAACUCCUUCCAGAACUUGAAAAACAAGUGGAUCGGUGAGAUCAGGAGCAACUUGCCCUGCACACCUGUGCUGGUGGUGGCAACCCAGACUGACCAGCGGGAGGUGGGUCCUCACCGGGCAUCCUGCGUCAAUGCCAUCGACGGCAAGAAACUGGCCCAGGAUGUGCGAGCCAAGGGCUACUUGGAGUGCUCGGCACUCAGUAACCGAGGGGUGCAGCAGGUUUUUGAGUGUGCGGUCCGGACAGCUGUCAACCAAGCCAGGAGGCGCAACAGGAGGAGGCUGUUCUCCAUCAAUGAAUGCAAGAUCUUCUGA